AUGAGCCUCAUCAGUAGAAGGAUUCUCGGUUUUGUUCGAAGCGGCCAUUUGACGAGCCUUUCCGGAAUAUCAACGUCGAAGACGAUUAUCGAGAAGCCGACAAAGGAGACGUUGUUUCGAAUUGAAUGGAUUUUCGACGAUCAACUGCCGCGACUCUUCAAGACCGGCUCAGGCACGUUGUUCAACUCAUUUUCAAGGGAUGUCGAAUAUGAAGACAAAUUGGCGGGAAAACGAGUCGUUGGACGAGAUAAUCUUGCUUCUAAGCUAGCACAAGCUCGCUUUUAUUAUCGUUUCGUAUCACCUUUUGUGAAGCUCGAGAAAGUGGGUUCCUAUUUCUAUGAGAAUGAGAAUGCGCUGACAUUUUUGUGGAAACUCACAACGAUGGAGUCAUCUUUUUUGAGUUGGUUCCCAUUUGCGCCGAGAAAACAAACGCUUCGCACCCAGGAAGGAGUCUUGGACAUCUACAUAAGCGAAAAUGGAUUGAUUACGCGAAUGGUGAAUCGAAAAAUGACAUGUGCUGAUAAAACGGCUGCGAUUGAGAUGAAAAAUUUGAUGGCUGACGCGGAAGAGACGAGAAAUUUAUCGAUCAAAUCCAAUCGAAUC